UAACUUCUGCCCCAUGUAGAGUGUGAGUGAGUUUUCAAAGAUGGCUCCACGUUGGAGAGGAGGAGCCCGGGUUUUGGCAGUCACUCUGGGAAUUCUGCAGUGCUGUGUAUGGCUAUCUGCUCAGACCAUAAGAACUAGUGUUGGAAUAUCUGGUAGAAGUCCAGAUCAAUCGUCAAUGUCCCACGAAAGAGUAAAGAGAGGCUGGGUGUGGAAUCAGUUCUUUGUUGUGGAGGAAUACACCGGCACGGAGCCGUUGUAUGUCGGAAAGAUCCAUUCAGACUCCGAUGAAGGGGACGGAUCAAUCAAGUACACUAUCUCUGGAGAGGGGGCGGGGUCUAUAUUCAUCAUCGAUGAGGUCACCGGUGACAUUCACGCUACGGAGAGAUUGGAUCGCGAGGAGAAAACGUUCUACACGUUGCGAGCUCAGGCGCGCGACCGGCAGACUGACGCACCUCUCGAACCCGAGUCAGAGUUUGUCAUCAAAGUCCAAGACAUCAACGACAGCGAGCCAAAGUUUCUGGAAGGUCCAUACGUCGGAAGUGUCGCAGAACUCUCACCUAUUGGGACUUCGGUGAUGAAGGUUAUGGCCUCUGACGCGGACGAUCCGACCUAUGGAAGCAGCGCACGGAUAGUUUACAGCGUUCUGGAUGGAGAACUAUUCUUUACCGUUGAUCGACAAACCGGAGAGAUUCGGACGGCCGUGGCAGAUCUUGACCGGGAAACACAGGACCGUUAUGAGCUGGUUGUCAAGGCAACAGAUAUGGCAGGCCAAAUGGGUGGUCUCUCCGGCUCUACCACAGUGACCAUAGUGAUCACGGAUGUUAAUGAUAACCCUCCACGCUUCCCUCAGAAGAUGUAUCAGUUUUCGGUCUCUGAAGGGGCGGCCAUCGGGACGCCCGUCGGGCGGGUGAUCGCGACGGAUGCAGACAUGGGCGAGAACACAGAUAUGAGUUACUUGAUCAAAGAUGAGGAGGGCGGGGAGCUCUUCAGAGUGUCGACGGACAGUGACACACAAGAGGCCGUCAUCACCAUCAAAAAGCCUCUAGACUUUGAAAGCAAACGCACACAUAACGUGGUCGUUGAGGCUGUAAACAAACACGUGGACCCUCGCUUUGUGGAUCUAGGUUCCUUUCGGGACCAGACCAUCGUGAGGGUCAGUGUCUCGGACAUUGUCGAGCCCCCCAUCUUCUUCCCUCCAACUGGCACCAUCAUGGAAGUUCAAGAAGACGCUAGAUUGGGUGCUCUUGUUGGCAUCGUAACAGCAAAAGAUCCCGACAUGGAUAAUGUUCCAGUCAGGUUCUCUAUAGACAGGAGCUCAGACCAGGAGCACAUCUUUAACAUCGAUCCUGUUACCGGCGCCAUCACUCUUGGAAAAAUCCUGGACCGGGAGACAGCCGGCUGGCACAAUAUCACAGUUACAGCGGUCGAAGCAGAUAACCAGUCCAUGGCAUCACAGACUGCCGUAAGCAUCCGCAUACUGGAUGUAAAUGACAACCCUCCAGAGCUCGCGACUCCUUACGAGGCCUCCAUCUGUGAGGAUGCCAAACCCGGCCAGCUCAUUCACACCAUCAGCGUUGUCGACCGGGAUGAGCCGCAGUCUGGACAUCGAUUCUUUUUCACGCUGGCAUCCGAAGCCUCCAACAAUCGGCAUUUUACACUUUGGGACAUCAAAGACAACACCGCGGGCAUCAGGACGCAGCGUUCUGGAUUUAACCGUCAGGAGCAAAACGUUUACCUGUUACCCAUCCUGGUGGUGGACAGCGGCCCUCCCGCCCUCAGCAGCACGGGAACACUCACCAUACACGUGUGCAGCUGUGACACGGACGGAGCUAUCCAGUCCUGCAACGCCACGGCUUACGCCAUGUCCGCGACGCUCAGUCCCGGCGCUCUUAUCGCACUGCUGGUCUGCAUCCUCAUUCUCAUAGUCCUGGUGCUACUCAUCUUGACCCUAAAGCGCCACAGGAAAGGUCAGCGCAUGUCCGAAGAUGAGGAAGACAUGCGUGACAACGUCAUCAAAUACAACGACGAAGGCGGAGGUGAGCAAGACACCCAGGCAUACGACAUGAGCGCCCUGCGCAGUCUCUACGACUUCCCCGAGGUCAAGAGCUCAGACUCAGGUCCGGACCUUCGCUCGGUCCCCCAGUGGAUCCAAAACCGGGUGACCGGAGACGGAGGGCCUGCGGACUUCUCCGUCUUCAAAGGCUACAUAAGCAAGAAGGUGGAGCAAGCGGACGCAGAUUUAUCGGUGCCACCCUACGACUCGUUCCAGACGUAUGCUUUCGAGGGAACCAGCUCGCCGGCACUCUCGCUUAGCUCCAUCCGUACGUUGUCGACGAUAUCGGAACAGGACUUCUCCUACCUCAGUGAUUGGGGACCUCGCUUCAGGCAACUGGCAGGAUACUAUGCCCCGACCCAGCCUGAGGAGGAAGGGUCCUAGCACCAUCCUUAUCCUGUUGCCUGAUGUCCUAUACGCCAUUCUCAACGACUUUCCUCUCUCGGAAGCCCCUCUCAUGGGUCUUGGAGCCAAUAUUUCCCUGUUGUCCUUGCCCAAAGUUCCGAAGUGAUAUUUUGGAACCCAGUUGGUCCAGUCAGUUUUAGUUUCACUCAAUACACUGUGUAAAGUGACUUCUUAUCUCGUAGAAAAGUACACUGUGAAAAGUUAAGGACAAAUAUUAAAGGGGAUGAGUUCAGGGCAAUGGCACUGGGUAAAACUCCAACAUCCUCUCACUGUCCUCUCAAUGAGAGUGAUUGGAAAACAGGACUGUACCAUAUGCACCACACCAGACAUUCAUUGUUUACUUUUAACAAAUUUUUUUUUAGCUUUUUCCAUCUGUGGAAACAAACACUUGUAACUCACCAAGAAAAGGAAGGAUACAACGGAAAAUGAUUUUUUAAAAUACCAGUGUGAAUAAAAGUGACUUAAUAUGUAUUUAUUUAAAGAAAAACAGACCAAAAAAAAAAAAAAAUGAUAUUUAUGUAUUUAUUGCUUUCUAUUUAUUUAUUCAUCCUGGCAAUGGACCAAAAAAAUGGACACGAUUUUUGAAGGAUACUGUGGGUAAAAAAAAAAAAAUGGUUGACCGAAAAACAAAUGGGUGGGUGGGUUUGUUGAAGUUUGCAAAUUAUUGGUGACACAAGUAAACCAUUCUUGAAAAUAUUUGUAUUUAUUUUUUAGGAACUCUUUUUGUAAAAUGCUAACCAAUGCUGACUGAGAAAAUAAAUAAAUAAAUGGAUAUAGGCGGAAUCGCACACCAACAUGUCAGGUCAUUUUUCACCCCAAAUUAAAAAGAACAGAAAAAAAAAAAAAA